CCCCAUGGAAGUGAAAGACGACCACGAGGGAGCCCGCCGCGUGAGAUGAGAAGAUCACGCGCAUCGUUUCAGGACGUUCGUUGCUUGCUCCACCAGCCCGCUUGAGCUGAGGACAACCGCUGCACAAAGCCGCAGAACAAGGAAGGACAAACGGUGACAUAUCCGCGGCAAGCAGUCACGCCAACUUGCGAGCCAAGUGGCACUGUAGGGUUGGCUUCCCCCAACCAUGGACGAUCAGUCGAAGCAGUCCGACCGCCCGCGCCGAAGCUCCUCGGAAGCUGGAAUAUCAGGUGACAAAGGGGACAAAACAGCUCCACUUCCUUCGGCACCGGCAAAGUCUCUCGCUCUUUCUGCAACAACCGAGAAGCACAGGGCGGGACACCCAUUGCUCGCGGACAGCAGCGGGCCUCCGCCUACAGCCAAUGGAAUCCCUGCUGCAAGUCAGGUUCCGACAGUAGAGCCUCCCGAUCCAGCAGGCGUACGCCAGUCGGCGGCAGGUGCUAAAGAUGGAGCCAAACGGCCCGUAGACACUGGUACCCCAGUUUCGGCCACGACAGCGCAAAGUCAAACAGGGCGACGCCGCCGAAAGAAGCACUCUUCGCGUAAGUCGAGGAAGGUUACGGAAGCAGAACCCGAUUCAACUUCGCGCCGAGAGAAGAAGCGUCGCUCUGAAGAGCGCAAAUCCAAGGCGGCCGCCGCCGAAGCUAGCGCUGUCGCCGCUAACGAAAAGCGACAGCCUGGCGCAGUUGCAACACUCACCGCCGCAGACGCUCAAGGCAACACGGGCGAGCAACCGGCAGCAGCGCAAACCGCCCAAGACUCACAAACUGCUGACGUUGGCGGUGACAACGAAGAUCAGCAGAAGGAAGGAAGCGAAAGUUCCGAUACGCGGCUGAACGACCGCGCUCGAGAGUCAGCAAGCCACGCAGGUAGCCCGUGCGAUGCCGCCAAACCAGGCACUGUCGGUGCCGAACAAACGACUGUAGAAGCGUCCGAAGGCCGUAGAGAAAGCGUAGCUUGCGCUAGAACGGAGAGCAACAAGACAGGCAAAUCUCGCGGCGCAGUGACGAUGUGUUCGCCUACCUUAACAGCACAGCCACCUUACGCCAAGUGGAGGCGUGGCAGUGGAGCAGCAAAAGCGUCUGAUGCCAACGAGGGAACUGCCUUCGAACGCCACGGCAAGAGAAAGUUGUCUACGCACUCUUACACUUCGCUCCAGGAGCUGGCUACUUCGUUGAAGACCUACACGACGCCGGCGCGAUUGGUCACGUUCGGCCAGCGGUCCAAUCCGGAGUCUCAGAAUUUCGAUAACGAGACGAAGUACCUGCCGUUCCUGCUCCUGUUCGCGGUCGUGUUCGUGUCCAUCGUGGCGCUCCUCUUGUGGUUCAUGGGCGGCACGUUCCAGCACGCCGCGCAGGGCGUCUGCGCGUCCCCCGCGUGCGCCGAACUGGCGGCGGCGUUCGACGGCGUGCUCAACUACAGCGUAGACCCGUGCGACGACUUGGACGCGUUCGUCUGUUCCAAGGGUCUGCGCCGGGGACACGGAGCCAGAGGCGGAGGCCGCGGUGCGCAGAGCGUCGUCGAGCAGGUCAUCCAGGACUACGAGCUGCAGAUGGUCAAGCUGUUCGUUGACGGGGACACCGCUUUCGCGGCGUCCAGAAUGGUGGCAGAGUUCUUGCAGGAGUGCAGCAACGGCCUCUACGAGACUCCGCCGUCCAUCGAAAGCUUCCGCGAGUUCUUCUGGUACGUGUCGGUGCCGUGGCCUUUCGACACGCCAGGGGGCGGCGGCAACAGCAACGGCGGCAGCGCGGAAGAGGUGCAUCCCUUGGAGGCCGUCCUGGAGCUCACCCUCAAGUGGGGCGUCGACACCUGGUUCCGCGCCUACGUCCACGUGGUGGGCCGCGCUCGACUGUCCUCCAACUUCAGCCACUUGCCGGCACUGUUCAUCGAGACGGGUGCGCAGGCCUCGUCGUGGCUCAACUUCGUGCGGACUCUCGAUUCCAGCGAAAGCCGCGAGAGGUACUACAGGUUGUUUUACUCGCACUACAAUGCCACCACACCGGAGCCCGAAAGCAUUGCGAGAGAGCUGGCCGUCGAGAAAGACGUGCUCGUCGCACUGGACGCCGCGCGAUCGCCCGGAACCGCACCCAGGGCCGUCGUCGCCUCCAUCGCCACUAUCGCGGACGCCGUUGCCAACACCACCUUGGAUAACUGGCUCGACCCUGUCGUCGACGCGCCCGGGGGCCGUUCAGCGAACUCCAGCACGAUGGCAGCCGUGCAAGACGUGCGCGUCCUGCGUGCCAUCCAGCACCUGACGAGCACUUACACCGCGGCGGUUCUGAUGAAGCACCUGUCCUGGUGGUUGGUGCAGAUUCUCACCGUGAUCGGCUGGCCCCAGGGGUACGUCGCGAUUGCUGGAAGUCAAGAGGCCGCUCGGAGCGAGGUGAAGUUGGAGUGCUAUCGAAUAAUGGCCGACCGGUUUGGUCUGCUGAUGGCCGCGGAGAGUGCCGUCAAGCUCUUCAACCGCAAUUCGCGGCAAGAGGUGACGCAUUUCUUCACGGGCAUCAUCAGCCUCCUCGCAAGCGCUGCCGCUAAGGCGCCAUGGAUGAGCGCGGAAGCCAAAUACGAAGCCUCGAGGCUUCUGCAGGACCUCGAGGUUAUCACGUGGCCACCUGAAGUGUACGAAUCCAAUGCUACGCUUUCGGCCUUGUACGCGGGCUUCUGCAGCAUGUGCAGCGAAAACGCCAGCACUGCAGCGGAGGCGCCGCCGACCAACUCGACCGUGCGUCCUCUGCUCAUGGACUACUGGUGGCAGGUCAGCACGAAGUUCUGGGACCUGUCCCCGGAACAGCGCGAACGCAUGCAGUGGAUGUGGCAGGAGCACCAGUUCGAGGUCCUCCGCUACGAGCCGUGGAACAACCGCAUGCGCGUGUCCCACGCUGCCCUGAGCAGCCUGCUCUACCACCCGGAGAGCACCGCCCGGCGCCCGGCCAACUACGGCGGCCUGGGAGCGGCCUUCGUGCUAAACGCGCUGCAGAUGUUCCAGCUACCGGCGGCGGACUUCAACACCGACGCCGUCGCGCAGCACUUCACCGAUAUUAGCGGCAUUCAUCAACGGGCCGUAUACCUCAACUGCAGCCACGAAUUCCUGGCGAACGCCCGCGACGUCUUCGCCAUGGGACUCGCCUGGCAGGCGCUCAAGGCGGAGGAGCAGGCCGACAGGGAGCGCCGCGGCCGACGUGCGAGGCGUCGGUCGAUGAUCGCCAUCAAGGACGAGAACCGCGUGGAGCACCUGUACGGCGAAGACCAGCUGUUCUUCUUGACCUACUGUCGGAGCAGGUGCGUGGCACAUCGACACAUGGAGCGCGGUCCAGACUGCAACGCUGCGGUUCGAGGCACUCCGGACUUCGGUCGCGUGUUCAAAUGCGACGUCGGAACGCCCAUGGUUCCCCGCAACGCGUGCCGAGUGUCCGACUUCUUCUGACGCCAAAUCCAUACGCGAAGGGGACAUUUUCUAUUCCCUUCGCUUUAUUUAUUGUGAUGUUCCUAUGGAGUCGUGAUUUCUACAACGAGGACUUUAUUUCUGCGUUAUAAGGUUUGGAAACUGCGAAGCUGUUUUUUCCCGAAGUGUGUUUCCGUAGGUUUUCUUUUUAAGAUUUCUUUUUCUGUCUGUUCACCGACUUGCACGUCAUACGGUUGACACCGUGUCACCUGCAUCGAAACUCCAAUUUCAUCGUAUUUUGGGGGAGGGCAAGCACGCCUGCUAGAACUGUUCGAUAUUCCCGUCACGUGCUGUGUACUUUUCGAAGCGGUGUCUUCGUGACUUGCGUAUUAUUGGGCACAACCCGGUGAGUUUAUAGAUCCUGUGGGCGUGUCUGCAUGUGCAGUGUCGAUGGCCAUUCGUCCCUAGCUGCGCUGUCACCGUCUGAUUUAAGGAGCACGCCUUGUGCCGCGUGUGAUGAGUGGCUUGCCUGUCAGAACGCACGAAUCGCUCGAGCGCUGUAGAUGUUCUUUUUUUAUUGAAAUGAAAAUAAACGAAAUACAUGUAGUUGCC